UUAUUUUUUUCAGUCUACGACACGCAGUUAAACAACGGGGAAGUGAAUUUACUGCAAUUGAAAAAGUGAAUUUACUGCAACGGAAAAGUUUAAUAAUUGAUUAGGACGUAAAAUAUUAAUAAGCUUAAUUAUAAAACUGUGCUAAAAUAAAAUAAUAAUAAGCUUGUGAGGGUACGAAGAAGAAGUAUUGUUCCCUAGAUCGCCAUUUAGAAAGUGUAUAAUAAAUACACCAACACUAAGACAGUGCGUACAUUGUGGAGAGUGUGGAAUGUGAGGGUGUCAAGGAGUUGCCGUACUCGGAGAGAAGAAACAUUUUGGAGACUCGUAUCAACCCUGUGUUAUGGAUAACUCUCCACAAAAUUGGCUCAGAAAGAAAAUAACAUUUAAAUUAGUGAAAUAUCCCAUCAAAAGAAGCAGCCUAGUUAUUCGGUUGUGGAUGUUAAAGUUUGAUAAUUUUUGGGCUACAUCGUUCUAAGUGUAUAUAAUAAAUUGAAAAAAAUUGUAGUGCUUAAGGAGUUUAAAUAAUAUUGUUUAAUUCUUGAACUUCAAAAGAAAAACGUAGUUACAUUUCAACUCGUUUCUUACCAAAAUUGUAUUCGUCGGGACAAAUUAAACUCGCUGAUAUUUUGACGAGAAGCUAAUCGGAAAAUUACGGUUUUUGUUUUGUUGCCUCAAAAAUUUUUUAGCAACAAUUAACGCGAAUUCAAGAAGCAUUUCUGAAACGUCUGUAAGGAGUUAAGCUCUAAAGCAGAAAGAGAAACAAAGAAUAUUGGACAAGUGAUGGAAGUAGCUUUUAAUUCGGUCGUGGCGUCCUCGACGCCUUCUUUUCAAUUGUUAGAUGGCCGAUAUGCGACAUUGUUCGAAAGUAAUAAGAACAAAAACAACAUUAAUACAGCAAAUAACGGCGUCAUCGGCGUUAGUCAAAGCAUUUUAAAUUUUUUUGAAGCUCCUAAGAAAUUGAGUAAUGAUCGAGAGGCGAUAACGCUUAAAACCGCACUGAAUAUGAAUACCAAAAAUGACAAGGAAAUUGAUGUUCGGCAUUUGAUAGCAAACCAAGAAAGUCAACUUCAAUUACUCCAGUGCAAUAACAGUAACCUGCCUUUGGAAAGUCAGCAGGCUACAAUUCCCUUAACAACUACGACUGACUUAUUGGCUGCUUUAAAAAUAACAAAUGUAAAUACCAAAAUAAAGGAAAAUCGACAGAACAGUUCCAAUGCAUCGAACCUUACGAAAUCACCACCAUCAACGCCGCUACCAACAUCUUUAAUUGUAGAAAAAACAACAACGAAUUCCCAUAGCUCAAUAUUGAAAGCAGUCUCAACUGGAACUCCUGGAAGAAGCAACAACUCUGUGGUUAGUAUAGUCACCAAGAAUGGUUUACAAAUUCCGUCCGAUAUACUUGAUGAUUUGGCAAGUCGUUUUAUUAUUAAUGUUCCUGAUAUGGAAUUGAGCAAUCUUAUUCGCAUUUGCUUUCAAAUUGAGUUAGCGCAUUGGUUUUACUUGGAUUUCUUUUGCGCUGCAUCUGGAGAUAACCCACACAGCGAAGAAUUGAGAAACAGAAAAUUACCAACAUGUGGUAUGAAGCAGUUCGCGAUACAGAUAUUCAAGCAUAUUCCAUUUCUACGUGAACAUUUACCGUCGAUCGAUAAAAUAUUAGAUGAUUGGAAAAAUUAUAAACUCGCAGUACCCACAUAUGGGGCUAUCUUAAUAUCUGAGGAUCUCAACUAUUGCCUUUUAGUGCAAUCAUAUUUUGCAAAAAGUUCAUGGGGCUUUCCGAAAGGUAAAGUCAAUGAGAACGAAGAUCCGGUGCAUUGUGCCACAAGAGAAGUAUAUGAAGAGACUGGCUACGAUAUAACGAAAUUAAUAGUACCAAAUGACUACAUUGAGGCUGUUUUCAAUUAUCAAUAUACACGCUUGUAUAUAGUGCGCAACGUAUCACUUGAUACACAAUUCUCACCGCGAACUCGCAAUGAGAUAAAAUGCUGUGAUUGGUUUCCGAUCGACUCGCUGCCGGUCAAUAAAAAUGAUGCCAUAUCAAAAGCCAAAUUGGGUAUAAACGCCAAUUCAUUUUUUAUGAUAAUGCCAUUUGUUAAACGGCUUAAAAAGUGGGUACAUGAUAAGCGCUCGGGAAUAGAGACUAGACGUAAAUUUUCCGGUGGUGGCAGAAGUAUCUCGCCCGAAACAAUGAAUUCACCAGCAUCACUAUGGUCAACAGUAACGUCAGCCACCCCCACUACUCUAGGUGGAAGCAAUCAAAAUAAUAUAAACCAAAAGCAAACAAAUGUGAAUAAUAGUAGUAAGAAAAAUAAACAACAUACAAUUAACAUCGAUGAUAAGCCUAAAGCUUCAAAUAUUAGUACAGGAACUUCUUGUAAUAAUGGCAAUAAUAAUGCAAUACUUGCCAUUCCAACAAGUACCAAUAAAAACAAUUGUAAUCGUUCAAAAAGACAACGCCAUAAAUCUAUGGGGGAUUUGGAUUGUAAUUCGAAUAACAAUUUUAAAAAUUCAGUUCACGUAACAGCUGUUUCCGAUGGUGUUGAAUCGCCAACCGAACCAACAAUAAAAGUGGGAGGCUCGGGCAACUGCAGAACAGCCUCCAACCAUAAACGCAAUGGCAGCUCAGCAAAACAUCUUGCUGCCGGCAGCAACAAUAAUAACACCCACAACAACAACGUUGUAGGUUGCACUCCGUCAAAACGCCAAUUGUCUCACAGUCAAAGUCAAAAUGGCUGCAACCAAAGUGGAGAAAAGAUUGUCAGCUCCUUCGAUUUGAUACGAAAAGAGAGACAACAGCAAUUGAAGGCAGCAGCUCAAGCUGAAAAGGCGGCAAAAGCACAAAAGCAGCAGCAGCAGCAACAACAACAACAACAAAGCAAUGCCAAUUGUAAUAACAGCGGACGGGUGCGCGCUAAAUCGCAGGGGGAUAAAAUGUGCGUGCAAAAUGCUAAUAAAACUAACACCAACAACAAUGGUGGCAACAACAAACAUCGUGUACAAAAACAAAUCUCAAUGAGUAUUGUCAACUCAAAUGCAACAGCCAAUAAUGAUAAUAACAAAAGCAAUCGUAACAAUAAUGCCACCCACAACACUGCCACUCCUAACACCAGAGUUGCAACAAGCCCUACAUCGGCUUCCAGCUCUGGUGCAGAGCUACUGGCAUUUGCUGCAAAAUCAUCAGCGGCUCCUACUAUGUCUGCAACAACGAAUUCGGCCCAGAAACCCCGUCCGGCAUCAGUAUCUUCACAUUUUGCAUCAUCCCCUAAUUCGGUGGCUUCGGGCACGAAUUUGCGCAUACUAAAUCGCAGCACAUCUUAUCAGCCACUGACGGAACAGCAAGAACUGCAGACAAAAACAAAGCAGUCAGAAGCUGAAAACAAUGAAGUGCCGCGCCAGCAGCAAGCACAGUUGAAAUUCACACCAAGUUUCAAUUCGUGGACAAAUUUCUCAUUUACAAAAAAUUUUAUUGCAAACAUAUUUUGUUAGAAGUACACAAGUCGAUCUACUAGUAUGCUUAGUAGAAUUGCAGAUUGAUUGAAGAAGAGUGAGGUGAAAGCGGAAUUGUAUGCCUGAUUUUUAGGUUAAGUGUGCGAAGGGGGUAUCCAUUGGAGGGGGGAACAUAAGAAGUUAAAAUUCUUGUAUUUGGUAUUAAAAUUUUUACAGUUUUACAACGAAUAUGUAUGAAUAAAUAUCGAAGUGCAUGUUAUUGAUAAGCGAGUCUAUGCGAUGCUUGGUGAUAUCUGAGAUAUUUGAAAACAACAAUAUGUAUAUAAAGUUCCAAAAAUUAAACAGACAUUACUAACAUUGAA